CAUCUGACAUCACUGCCUAGAUUCAGUUGUAGACUGCAGUAGACUGGUGUCGCAUGGAAUGCCGCCGAGGAUGCCGAUGCCAAUGCCGAUGCCGAUGUCGAUGUCAAUGUCGAUGAAUCCAGUGUUUGGCGGUCCUGGUCCGAUGAGACAAAGAUUAUUUUUACCACCGCGACCAGCUGGCGUCUCGCGACCCAAUGGCUUGUUACCGCUCUUUCCAGGAUUUAGAGCACGUGGCAUGGUACCCGGUAUCAUACCACCGAUGGGACCACGAGGCAUUGGACCACGUAAUCCGAUGCGACAUUGGUACAGAAGGAUACCGCCGCCACCGCUGCAGAUGCCAUCCAUGAGGCCCAGAUUUCCAGUGGGCAAUGGUAACAUCAAGGGCAAAGCAAUGAACAACACAAAAAAGGUCAACAAGCUCGAAGAAUUAGAAUUAAAGAAGCCAUGGAUGACGGAUGAAAUUCGUACUGAGAUACAAAAGAAAAAUAAACUGUACGCUAAAGCAAAAAAGAAUAAAGAUGCAGUAGAAUGGGACGAAUUUAAGGACCUACGAAAUAAAGUAACCCGGAUGAUAAGAGAUGCAAAAAAUGAAUACCUUGCAAAGCAUCCUGGACAGGCUCAUCUAUAUCCAGAUGAUGAAAAAUCAGACGAUCAAGAAGAUGAAAUUGAUGUUGGCUCCGAAGAUGAUAAUUCAUACUAUGAGGUAUGCGACAAAGAUUUUUCAUCCGAGAAUGCUUUUACUGAGCAUAGAAGUACACACAAACUUUGUGGUAUUGAUGGUUGUACGUUUGCGGCGCAUCCUUUGCUUGUCGAAAAACAUUACCAGCAAUAUGCCACGGUCCUGAGAACUGUGAAAAAGCAUAUGAAAGCGCUGAGCUCUGUCACGUUGGAGACGAUCGAGUCGCUCCUGGGCGACUGGCCAAGAUCCUGCGGACGCUUGGAACGAGAGCUCAGAGUUCUCAAAGAAGCGAUCAUGUCGCUCUUGAAAUUGACAAAAUCCUCGACGGAUACUUGGGAAGAGAGAGUUCACAAACUCCAAAGGAGCGGCCACGCCGCUCCUGACAGCCAAGUAACUCCUUUAAUACAAAAGCAAAAUACUCAGUUGCGGGAAAACAUUCCAUUUGAUGAGAGACUGUCAGUUACUUUACGGCAUUUAGCAACAGGAGAAAAUCAAGAAUCGUUAUCUCUUACAUUUAGACUUGAUACAAGUACCAUAUCAGGAAUUAUAAAGGAAGUAUUAAGAGCAAUACUUACAGUUUUGAAAGAAAAGUUUCUUCGUUUUCCUAAUACUGAAGACGAAUGGUGUGUAAUUGCCAAUCAUUUUGGAGAGCGAUGGGAUUUCCAUCAUGUGAUAGAGGCAAUGGAUGGAAAACAUUCUUUAAUAGAUGCUAAUUUACGUUUCAUUUAUGUUGAUGUGGAAACUAACAGCAGAGUGAGUGAUUCCGUUGUUUGGAAUAAUUAUUCCUUGAAAAAGCACUUCAAUAACAAUACUCUGCAUAUCCUUCCUCCUGCUCCAUUGCCAGGUUCAGAGGAAGAUUUUCCUUUUAUGAUAAUCGGAGCUGAAGGUUUCCUAUUAUCACAGAAACUAUUAAUACCUUAUCCAGGGCCUCAAUGUAGUAGGAGAAUAGACAGAAGAAUAUUUAAUUAUAGAUUAUCUAGAGCUCGUCGUUGUGCAGAAAAUGCUUUUGGCGUAAUGGUUGCCAUAGAAAAGGCUACUGAGCCGGCUAUGGUGCGUGCGUGGUGGGUGAAAUCAGGAAAGAGUCGUGGACAUUGGCAUCGUAGUUCAUGUGCACGGUUGUACAGAGGGCGCCUCACACUGGGCUCGGCUAAAAGCGGCCCAUGGCAUCUCUCCUUCUCUCUGAUACUACGCAGCGUUAAGCCUCUUGCACAAUGCCAGGGGCCUUACACUCACGUUGAUGGUGACAGAAUUUUGCUGCUUGUGCGUGUCGAACAAAAUGCGAAGAUGGAAUAUUCAAUAGAAGAUGCGAAAAAAUGGGUAGAAGAAAGGAAAAAGAGAUUUCCUACUAAAAGUAACAUUAUGUUACGUGAAGCGGAGAAUCUAGAGAAAUUACAAAGAGGAGAAACAAUUCAGCAAAAUCAGAGUGUUUUCAAAACGAUGAAAACGACGAAUAUGCGUAGGAAAAAGCGUAAACCACGCAGGCAAUUAGCACACAAAACUAAUAAUUCUCAUAUAGAUGAAACAUACAGAGGUUUACGUCCAUUUCCUGGAAUAAAUAUUUUGCAAGAAGAAGAAAGUUUGAAUGAAACGUCUCUCAAUGAACAAAUUGAACAAACAGUUUUCCAUAAAGAAAUAAUUGAUAAUAUUUCAGACGAAGAUGAUGAUAUACCACAAACAUUUGCUAAAUCUAAACCUGCUAAUUUAUCUAUAUUUUCUUUAGUAGCAAAUUAUGAAACUGAAGAAGAGGAUGCUGCUUCUGAAGAAAUACCAAUAGAAAAAGUGCAAACAGAGAAUCUUCAGGAUCAUAAGACAGCAGAAAACACAGUUCAUGAAGAAACUUACAAUGAUGCGCAAUCUUGCACAGAUGCAAGUGAGAGUAAAUUGAAUUACCAGAUAAUAGCUGAUGAUAAAUCCCAACAUCCCAGCAUUAAAUAUAAAGAUAAACCUAAGCAUAACACUCAUCAAAUAGUGGAAGAUAAAAGACAAGAGAAAGUUUCAAAUAGGCACCAUAACAAAUUAUUACAAAUGUUACUCUCGCGUUCUAUACAACACGAAAGAAAUUUAAUAUCCCAAUGCUUAAAAUAUAUCGUAGAUGAUAAUUUCUUCGAGUCGCCAAAAUCUUGAAUAUAGUAACUAUUAGAAAUAGUACUAUCUAAAUAAGUUAUAGUAAAUUGACUAAACUUUAAAAAAUAUAUAAUUCACUAUUUGGUGCUAUUGAUAAUAAUUAUAUAAAGCAGAAAAUAAGAUUUAAUCUGGAUUGAGAUUUAUUUCCUUU